AUGUCGACCAGUGCUGAUAAUACGAGCAAUAGCAAUGCUUACCGAAUCCCGCUCCUGAAGGAAGACAAUUGGCUCCCGUGGAAGCGCCACGUCGAGGCCAUCCUUAAUGAUAAGGGUCUCCAGGAGUAUGUGACCAGAAAGACACCGAAGCCGCAGCCGAGUAAUGACCCGGCCAAUAGGGCAGCGAGAGAGGCGGAGAUUAGCACCUGGGGAGAGAAGGACCUCAAGGCCCAGAAUGUAAUUGUGCUAUCGCUGGGAGAUUCCCAGAUGGUUCACAUUGCUGGAGCCGAGAUGGGCCAUGUGGGAGCAGCUUCGCACAGUCAAGGAACAGCGUGGACAGCAUGGGAUUCUCGCGCUGUGCCGGCACUUUUACCGGAUGCAAGCCAAGGAAGAAGAUAA